AUGUCCAACAACAGUAAGGUGAAGGGCCUCCUUAAAGGCCUAAGAUUCAUUUCUCAGAUAUUUGAUAAUGAAAAAGAACCAGAAAUUGAGAUUGGUCAUCCCACAGAUGUAAAGCAUGUGGCGCAUAUCGGUUGUGAUGGUCCCUCUGAAAAUUCUCCCAGCUGGAUGAACGACUUUAAAUCUGUCCUAGGAAUUUCAUCUGCACCUCUAAAUUCUAAUGGAGAUAUUCAUAGCAAAGGAUCUGACAACUCAGCCAAAUGGAUCUCUGAAGAUUCAAUGAAAAGAGAUUCAAGGUCUGCAAAUUGUCAAGGCCAAGAGAAGGAGUUGCCUAAAUCAUCAAGGAGGCAAUCAAAUUCAACAGGAAAUAUAAGAGAGUCCCAUGCAAAGGAAAAGUCAGAUAGGCCAAGGCACCCAAAAAAGUCAUCAAACCAAUCACAUCCAAAUGAUUCGUUCAAUGGAUCCAAACCCACAGAGCAACUCAUGAACAUCACUGAUAUGGAUUCAAUGCAACUUCAUGGGAGUGAUUUGCCACCUAGGAGCCAACAAGACAUUCCUAGAAGGUCUCACUCCAAGAAGACAAGAGAUGCUUCCAAUGUUGGUGGCUCAUCUAGAAUCAGAUCAAAAGCUCAAACUAGAGACCCCAAUUUGAAUGAAGGAACCCCUUCUAGAUCCAGUUCCAAAUCUAGGAACAAACAUAGGUCUUUGGAAGAAAAUGAACAAGUUGAGAGAGGAUCUAACGAAGAUAUUUUGAGAAAUUACGCAAAUUAG